AUGGAUAAGGAGGCUCGUCCGGCCUCCACUCUCCACGAGAUAGACGGCCAAACGCUGGGUUUAGGGGGGGUGGCCGGCCGUGGAAGUGUUCUGGAAGAAGAGAUCGGCAUUGCGACACCAUGUCUCAUAUAA